AAGCUCCAGGCCGUAACGGUGCUGGUCAGGGCAGCUCUCUCCAGACAGGAGGAGGAGGGGGAGAGACGCAACUGGUAUUUUUUUCUCCUCAGUGUUUCCCUGCUUAACCGCUCCACACAGACGAUAUUUAGUCGGCGGAGAGAAACAAGCAGAUAUCGCUGGGAUGGAUGGACCAAGUGAGCAGCUCUCGCCGUGAGACUGGCGCUAAUUUGGACGUCCUGAGCAGCAGGUGUACUGAAGGAUAAAACAGACUACAGGGAAUCUCAGUGUUCAUGAAACUUUGCUACGAUUUACGUGCUGGGGUUGCCGUCCGCCAUGUUAAGGUAAAGCCCAGGUGCGCGGUGUUGACCAUGCUAAAGCGCCUGGACAAGAUCCGCUUCCGAGGCCCCAGGACGAGAGAGGACUUCCCGGAUCUGGCCGAGUCGCCGCCCGCCUCUGACAACGAAUGUAGCGAUGACAUGCAGCUGAAGCCCAGGACAGCUCUGCGCGACACAGAGGAGAUCCUGCGAGACCCUGCAGGUUCGGGGUCUCCCACCAUGGCUGCGGCCAUCCAGGACUUCCAGAGGUCGGAGUCAGACCGGCUCAACGAAGUCAAAGGUCACCUGGAAAUUGCCUUAUUGGAGAAACAUUUCCUACAGGAGGAGCUGAGGAAGCUGCGGGAAGAGACCAAUGUGGACUCUCUGCGGCAGGAGCUAGAGCGAGAGCGAAGCAAAAGGAUAGACCUGGAGCAGAAGAUGAAUGAGGUGCUGAAGACCAGGCUGGAGGACUCUCCGCCACAGCCUCCCCGGAAACAGCAGUCGCCCUCAAACAAUGGAACAGACAAACAGCAGAAGGAGGUGUGGAGCUCGCGGCUGCAGAAGUGGCUGUACGAGCGCUUCGGGGUUUACAUCGAAGACUUUCGUUUCCAGCCGGAGGAGAGCACCGUGGAGGCCGAGGAACCGCUAAGUGCUAAAAGGUUAACAGAAAAUAUGAGGCGACUCAAGCGAGGAGCCAGACCUGUCACCAACUUUUUAAGGAACCUCUCCGCCUUAUCUAAUUGGCACUCUGUCUACACCUCAGCUAUUGCCUUCAUUAUCUACAUGAAUGCUGCUUGGCAUGGCUGGGCCAUUCCCAUGUUACUCUUCCUGGCUAUCCUGCGCUUGUCCUUAAAUUACCUCAUUGCCAGAGGUUGGAGGAUCCAGUGGAGCAUUGUGCCUGAGGUCUCAGAACCCAUGGAGCCUCCAAAGGAAGACUUGACUGUAUCUGAGAAGUUCCAGCUUGUACUUGAUGUUGCACAAAAAGCACAGAACCUGUUUGGUAAAAUGGCCGAUGUUUUGGAGAAGAUAAAAAACCUUUUCAUGUGGGUGCAGCCAGAGAGCACCCGGAAACUCUACAUCUGCCUGUGGGUGACUUUCAUCACCUCCUGCGUCCUGCCAUAUAAACUAUUGGGCUUCAUGAUGGGUCUAUACGCCGGCAUCAAGUUCUUCAUCAUAGACUUCCUGUUCAAGAGCUGUCCGAAGCUGCGGGACAAGUACGACACACCCUACAUAGUGUGGAACAGCCUGCCCACAGACCCUCAGCUCAAAGAAAGGACCAACGCCACUGUGUCGAGGCGGCUCUCUGGCACUGAGAAGGUUCAGCCGGUGGUUUCUCGAAGCAGCCUUGCCACCGUCCCAUGUGGGGUGAGCAGAGAGGAGGAGACAGGUCGCUCCCACAGCACCAAGAAGGGAGCCUUUCAUGAGGUCUUCAACCUGCAGGAGUCAGAGCGCCCUCUGGCGGUGUGUGAGAACGGCUGGAGGUGUUGCCUCAUAAACAGAGACAGGAAGAUGCCCACAGACUACAUCAGGAACGGAGUGCUCUACGUCACAGAGAAUUACCUGUGCUUUGAGAGCUCCAGCUCCAGAUCCAGCUCCUCCAAGAAGAAUAAAGUCAUCAAGCUGGUGGACAUCACUGACAUACAGAAGUAUAAAGUGCUUUCGGUCCUACCAGGAAGUGGGAUGGGCAUCUCUAUAGCUACUCCUUCCACUCAGAAGCCAUUGGUGUUUGGUGCCAUGAUCCACAGAGACGAGGCUUUCGAGGCCAUCUUCACCCAGUACAUGAAGAUCAUGACCACCACCAAACCACCUGCCAGUGCAGAGCUCUAGACGGCCCGUAUCCCAGCAACAGAUCUCCAAACUGGGGUUUAAGUCUGGGGCAGAGAGCCUCCUGAGAUUCAACUGGACUGGAAGAUGAUUUAAAAACAGCUCCACACUCCUCUGCUCUGCGUGAGCCUCCUCCUCUUGUGAUGGGCGUCAGCUUCCUCGUCGAUGGUCAUCGGCCAGCUUUGAUUGGUGGAUUUCCUAUCUAGGCCACGUCGGAGGGGGGACGUGUGGGUGUGUCAGCUACAUGUCUGUGUAGUUGGGAUUUAGUUACAUCACACACUUUUUGUGGGUGUUGGAUAAUGAACAAAAUCCGCUAACUGGUUGUGUGGAGGAGUGAGGAUCGGUGUGGUUUUUAUCAAUCAGCAGAAGGCGGCGAGGGGGCUGGUUCUCCUCUCCCACCUGACUGACCAACUGACUGGCUGACUGGCUUCCUGACUUACUUGUUUCUGUUUGCAUGUGUGAGUGGGUGUGUGGGCAGGAAUUAUGGUCUUAAAUUGCGUCAAGUGGCUCUAUUUUUCUCUUUAUUAGUGAGUCAGUGGAGUGACUUCUACUGUGGUAGGAAGAUUUCAAGAAGUGCUCAAACUGGCCGUCAAGUGAAUAUCAUAGAACAACAAGAAGACAAAUAAGAGGUUCUUUAUAACUGCCAGACGUCUGUAGGAACAAAUAUGUGAAUUUCAGCUUUAUAAAUCAGAGCAAAAACAACCAUUGAUGUUGAAAUAUUUAGAAAUCUAACAGGCUGAUCGGUGCCUCGUGGCAUAGCCCAACAAAAUUCUAUGUGUACAUGUGUGAGUGGUCAGGUUUUUUAUUAUUGUAUUAGCUGUGAACAUGUCAGAUCACCAUUUGACUGACAUAGAGCCUUUCUGUUAGUUUACAUUGCUGAUGUCUAAUUUCUUGACUUUUCCUCCUUUCUAGACACAUUUCAGCAGCGAUGGUAUGUUUUUAGUCUUCUUUGUCGAUCUAACAGAUGUUCAGCAUCCGCUUCGGUGUUUGUAAGUGUGCGUAUGUGAAA